AUGAACUUCGUGUUAUUGGCUGAUGAAUUAUAUAAGAAAGGUCUCGAUGGAAGUCUUUCUAGGUGUUUAAGUCAUUCAGACAAAAAUAUUGCUUUGGGGAAGUUCAUUGAGAUUAAGAAUUUUACAGCUUCAAGAAACAUUAAUAUGGUUACUUCAACUCCAUAUUAUGCACAAGCUAAUGGGCAAGUUGAGGCAGCAAAUAAAAUAUUGAUCAAUUUGAUUAAAAAACAAAUUGUUUUGCCACUAGAGAUUAAUCUCAAUACAUUAAGAAUAUUGAAACAAGAUAAGUUGUCAGUCGAUGACUAUUGGAAUGCAAUAUAUGAUGAAUUGAAUGAUUUGGAUUCAGAACAUUUGUUGGCACUUGAAAAUAUGAUUCAGCAAAAAGAAAGUGUUGCUCGAAAUUAUAAUCGUCGAAUAAAAGAGAAGUGUUUCAAUAUGGGUGAAUUGGUUUUAAAAGUUGUAUUGCCAAUGAAAAAGAAGUCAACAUUUCUUGGCAAAUGA